AUGUUUCUUCCGUUGCCAUAUAUUUGGAAAAUGACAAUACCAUGGGAGCAAAAGGUGGCUAUUACGGGCACUUUCAUGCUAGGUCUCUUAGUUACCAUUGUGUCCGCUAUGCGCUUCGUUGUUGUCUAUAAUUUGGAUCUUACAGAUCCCGAUAUUACUUGGAAUCAAGGCUACGAGACCAUGUGGACUGGCGUUGAGGUAAACAUAGCUACUGUGUGUGCUUGCCUUCUGUCCUUCAAACCCCUCCUCAAUCUCUUGAUAUUCGGGACUAUCCACCCCGUAUCUCGACCGUCUAGUGCUGCAGGAAUUGACACAAUUGGUGGAUCGGCUGAGGCAGCUAGAAGACGUAAUCGUGUGCUACGACGAGGCCAACUGCUACGGGAGCCUGGUCCUUUGGAGAAGCACUACAGUAUCAUGAUAAUGGCUUAA